UCGCAGCUGGAACCCGCUAAGGAACAAGUACGUGUCGCGCAAGCUGAACUUGAUGCUAGCAAAGUCCACGUCCAGCGUCUUGAGGAGGAAAAUAAACGAUGGCAAGGAAGGAACACGCAACUUCUGAGCAAGGUACCUUUAUUGUUGUGCUUUGACGACAUCCAAUCUCCAAUCACAUCUGCAGUACGAUCGCAUCGAUCCCGUCGAAAUGCAAACUCUUCAAGAUGAGAAUGCCAAGCUGAAGGAGAAGAGUGCGGUACUCAAAACCGAGAGAGACAAAUUGGAGGAACGCGGUCAGAAGCUGGAGAACAACUUCAAAAGGUUCAAGGGUAACAUGGACCGUCUAAAAACUGAGAGGGUACAAUUGAUAGAGGAGAACAAUACCCUCACUUCCAAGAUUGAAGCUCUCGAAGCGGAGAAGACCUCACUCUUGUCCGAUAAGGCCACUAGUGCCCAAUCGACCUCAGACGCUGCACAACAACCGUUGGAAGAGACUUCCACAACCAUCCAGCUGACCAAAGAGAAAGAACAACUGAUCUCUGAGCGUGACGCACUUCUGAAUUUGAAGAAGGAGAAUGAGGAACUGAAGGCAGAACGUGAUAAACUCUUGACGGAGAAAGCAGCUGUAGGAUCUACCUCUACUUCUCUCGCAGACGGGACCAUCGAGGAAGCCAGACGGACUUGGGAUUCCGAGAAGGCGGAGUUAGUUAAAGCUCGAGAGGAUGCCCUUGCAAAGGCAAAGGUUGCAGAAGACAAUUACGAGACUGUGAAUGGAAAACUUGACCCCAUGAAGCUUGCUUUGGAGCAAAUGAAGAAUCGGCUCGCCACUGUACAUAAGGGGCGUCAAGAAGAUAAAGCGAAGGCCAAGUCUGAACAAGAAGCUGCUAUUGCCGCUGCGCUGGAGAAGCAGAAAGCAGAAUUGCAAAGCACAACUACAUCAAUGCCUGCCGAUUACGCAGAGAAGCAUGCUGAGGAGUUGAAGGCCCUUGAGACCAGGCUAGCAGCUAAACACGAAGAGGAAUUGAAAGCUGCAGUUGAGGCUGCGAAGGCGGAAGCCGCUCCUUCGCAGCACCAACUUGACGCUGCGGUAGAAAGGGGCAGGAUGGAGGUUCAGAAGAAACUAGUAUUGAAGGAUGGUCAGCUUAUUCGAAGUCAGAGUAAGCUGAAGGACGUCGAAACUCAGAUCAAGUUAUUCGAGAGCCAGGUCCGCCAGUGGCAUCAGCAAGGUUUCAUUCCAGAGAAGGACUUUUCGUCUAUAACACAACCUCGGACCAGCACAGUACCGGCCGGUGCUCUAGCUGCGUCAUCUUCUCAACCUUCCACGUCCACCGCACCAAAGCCGACGCCACCGACAGGCCCUGCAGUGACCUCGACGGCAUCCACAUCUCAAACAAAGCCCUUACCAAAUAAGGCACCUUCGGGACAGCCCCAUCGGGGACGAGGCGGAGCUCCCCCUCGUGGAACAGAACGUGGACGCGGCGGUCUUGCUGCGCGAGGGCGAUUGGCGCCUGCUGUAGCUGCCGCUCAAGGGCCUUCUCUCAGUGUCCUCGGUGCUGCCGCGAAGAGACAGAGGGAGGAAACGGCCAACACCUCCGAGGACUCACUUGCCAAGCGUUUGAAAACAGGUGAUAGUCAGGGUUCUGGUCCCGCAGCGGCUAAACCGGUCACCAUCAAACGUCCACCACCACCCUUAUGAAUUUGUUCUCCAUCUUGCUUCGUUGUAUCUCAUUCGAUAAUCUCUGUACAGCAAUUGUAUCUUUAUUUCGCAAUGCAACAUGUUUCCAUCACUGUUCUCCAUCUUCACCAUCAUACAUCCGCACCAGUCGGCUGGUGCUGAAGUUGAAUCUUACUCAGGCUGACAGGACCUAGGGCAUGAUCUACAGAAUCAUCUGACUCUUUACUAAGAGAACGCACUCGCAUCACUCCAGUGAAUGGAUACGCCCUGAA